UUGUCUACAAUCCUCCUACAUCUCUUCGGAAGGAACGUUGUUUCAGAGUUGAAAUCGCACUUGGAAGAGACAAAGCAGUUGAACACCUCACAGGAGCAAAACAUCCAUAAACUGAAGGCUUCUGUGAGGGCGAUGCAGGAGAAGUUGGAAACGGAUACCGAAGAAGUGAGGAUUAUGCGUGAGCAACUAGAGCAUCACCAGAAUCUGACGAAGGAGAAGAGCAAUGAAUGCGCUGAAGUGCUUAAACAAGUCGAGGAAGUGAAAAGGGAGCGUGAUGCUUUACUGGACGACGUUUCUACGUUGAGAAACGAAGUCGCUACCUUAAAUGGUCGUAUAGCCCAAGCAGAACGUGAAGCUGAGAAGAGGCGUGCUGAGGAUGACGAAAAACUCUCCAUACUGGAAGAUUUCCGUGAGAACUUCGAUCGCCUCACGAAUGAAGGAAAGCAGAAGGAUGUGCAAAUUGAUGACUUGAAAGAGCAGGUGAAGAUGAUGCAAUCAGAAAUAAAAGAAGAAAGAAGAAUUGAUAAAAGUCGAAAGAGUACGGCAUGA